AUGAACGCCAACGACAGCGACGUCGUGCGCGCGUUGCUCGUCGAGGCGAAACACGCGAUCGCGUCGAGCGCAUCGGACGCCACGGUGGUUCUGGUGAACACGUGCGCGAUUCGGGAGAACGCGGAGUCGCGGGUGUGGACGCGGUUGCGGCAACUUCGGGCGGAGCGACGCGCGCCGGGUUCGCGUUUGAGAGCGGUGGGGGUCUUAGGAUGCAUGGCGGAGCGGUUGAAGGGGAAGAUUUUGAGUGCAGAAGAGGGUUUGGCCGAUAUGGUCGUCGGCCCGGACGCGUACAGGGACGUGGUGAGGUUGUUACGCGUCGCGCGCGAAGAGUCGGAUCGAAGGCGUCAAAGAGAGACGCGAGCGAAUACGCUAGAUGACGAGGAUAGGAUGAACGUCAUGUUGAGUCUGGAUGAAACGUACGCCGAUGUUUUCCCAUUAAGGGCCGACCCGAUGUCGCCGCAGGCGUACGUGAGCGUCACUCGAGGGUGCGAUAACAUGUGCGCGUUUUGCGUCGUUCCGUUCACCAGAGGACGCGAGCGAUCGAGACCGUUCGAGUCGGUGCUCGAAGAGUGUCGUAAGCUGAUCGAUCAGGGUGUGAAGGAGAUUACGUUGUUGGGACAAAACGUGAACUCGUACGCGGACGCGUCGGAGGUCGGGACGUCGGCGAAGACGGACGCGGAUGCGCCGUUCGGCGCGUACGCCAAAGGGUUCACGAGCGUGUACAAGCCCAAGCGCGUGGGCGCUCGAGCGUUCGCGGAUCUCGUCGAAGCCGUUGCCGCGAUCGACGUCGAGUGCCGCGUGCGAUUCACGUCGCCACACCCGAAGGAUUUUCCCGAUGAUUUAUUGCGUGUCAUCGCGAACACGCCAAACGUGUGCAAACAACUCCACAUGCCAGCGCAGAGCGGAUCGACGUCGACGCUCGAGCGCAUGCGGCGCGGGUACACUCGGGAGGCGUAUUUGGAGCUCAUAGAGCGCGCUCGAGAGAUUAUUCCCGGGGUGGCGAUAUCGAGCGAUUUUAUUAGUGGAUUUUGCGGCGAAUCGGAGGACGAGCAUGCGGAGACGUUGACGCUCUUGGAGACGGUGCGAUAUGAGCACGCGUACAUGUUUCACUACUCGAGACGCGACAAGACGUACGCGGCGAGGCACUUCGACGACGACGUCCCUGAGGAAGUGAAGAAACGUCGUUUAGCCGAGGUCAUCGAGACGUUUCGUCGUUGCGCCGCCGACGUGAACGCGCGCGAGGUCGGGUGUACACACCUCGUCUUAAUAGAGGGCGCGAGCAAGAAAAAUCCUGAGUCGCAAAUGAGCGGGCGUUCGGACACGGGCAAGCGCGUCGUUGUGCAAGGGAAGCGGACGAAAGCGAACGCUUUAGACGGCGAUAGUGAGGAGGUAGACAUUAAAUCCGGGGACUACGUCGUUGCGAAAAUCGUCGAGGCUGGGGCCUCAACGCUCGUCGCGGAGCCCGUGGGCGUGACGACAGCGAGAGCGUUUUACGAAGCGCACGGCGGCGCGUCGUUCUGA